AAAGUUUAAAAUGUGGAGUAUAAAUUUAACAGUUCACAUUAUUCUUCUCGUCACAUUUUCCGUUUCUCACGUUGUUACUACCGCUGUAACGAAGGCUACUGGCGAGACUACUGUCAGGGGAGCAGGUCAGGAUUUGGGUGAUGUUUCUAGCUCGUUCUUCUAUGAAACAACAACAGCGACUAUCUGCGCAGAUGAUCCGAACAUAGGUUGCACUCAAUACAUCUCUUUGUGCUCCAACGCCAAAUAUUCUCCAUUUCUCCAGGAAUUCUGUCCGAUGACCUGUGGAUUUUGUGCUGAAGAAACAACAACAGCGUCAACUUGUGCAGAUGAUCCGAACACAGAUUGCACCCAAUAUACCUUUUUGUGCUCAAACGCCAAGUAUACUCCACUACUCCAGCAAUUCUGUGCAAAGACCUGUGGAUUCUGUGGUAGUGGAUCCACUGCUGCUCCAGUCGCAUGCGUCGAUACCUCAACCCAAUGUGCCUACUGGAAUAAAAACGGAUUCUGCUCAUCGAUAUACUAUGACUGUGCCACGAAGAAAGAAUUCUGUGCGAAGACGUGUAACUUUUGUUCGAUAACAUGCUGAUCGAUAUUCUUUCUUUUUUUUUAAAUCUCGGUUUCGACUUGUUUCUUACUCGAUAAAACAAUUUAACGUACAA